UCCCCUUUUCCCCUUUUUAUUCGUCGACGCAUACUUGACCCGGCUGUAGCUGUACCGGAGAUAGAGCGAGGGUUCGGUGACGAGAAAACCCCAAUCGCCUCCGCCCCCCCUCCUCUACUCCGGCCGCAGCCGCCGACGUCGCCACGCGCAUUCCGCCGCGCCAAUCGGGUACACGAGAAGGGUUGCGGAUGGAGUCGUCGGCGUCCGCGCCGGCGUCCAAGGGCCCGCGCUACGCGCCGCCGGAUCCGACGCUCCCGAAACCGUGGAGGGGGCUCAUCGACGGCAACACGGGGUACCUCUACUUCUGGAACCCGGAGACCAAGGUUACGCAGUACGAGCGCCCCGUCGCGGCCGUGCCUUCCUCCCCGUCGCAGCCGCCUGGCUACUCCAGGCACGAUGAGAAGCCGAGAAGCAGCGCACCUUCCGAGCAGCGCUCGGAAGCUGCGGUGAGCCGCCAGCAGUAUGUGCCUCCCUCCGAUAACAGGGCAAGGAAUGAUCACUCGGAGCCACGCUCUGCAUCUGGAGUGAACCUUUCACAAAGUGCUCCAUCCACUAAUCAGGUUUCUCAGGCUGCCAAUGGAAGCCAAAUGUCGACAGAAGCAUAUCGUGCUAAGCAUGAGAUUACCAUUGUUGGCAAUGAGGCACCUGCGCCAUUCAUGACAUUUCAGUCCACAGGCUUCCCAUCAGAGAUUCUAAGGGAGCAGGCUCUUCAAGUCAACAAUCCAAGUCGUGGUUCGACCUGUUUGUUGUCUUGUGCAGCCUCCUGUGGUUUGAAACAGCUCACUAUUUUGUUCAGUCUCCAACUGCAUGAUGUUUGGCUUGGCUUCUGUGUUCUGCAAGCAGGUUUCUCAGCACCAACUCCUAUCCAAGCUCAGUCAUGGCCAAUUGCUAUAAAGGGUCGUGAUAUAGUAGCUGUGGCGAAGACAGGUUCAGGAAAAACAUUGGGCUAUCUCCUCCCAGGGUUUAUUCUUCUGAAGCGCCUGCAGCAUAAUUCAAGGGAAGGUCCAACAGUAUUAGUUCUGUCUCCAACCAGGGAAUUGGCAACACAAAUUCAAGACGAAGCAAUCAAGUUCGGAAGAUCUUCAAGAAUAUCUUCUACUUGCUUAUAUGGAGGUGCUCCAAAAGGCCCUCAGCUAAGAGAGUUGGAGCGUGGUGCCGACGUUGUUGUCGCAACUCCUGGGAGAUUGAAUGACAUUUUGGAAAUGAAUAAAGUGAGCCUGCGCCAAGUGUCUUAUCUUGUCCUUGAUGAAGCUGACCGUAUGCUUGAUAUGGGAUUUGAGCCACAAAUAAGAAAAAUUGUGAAACAAAUACCACCUAGACGGCAAACUCUUAUGUACACUGCCACAUGGCCAAAAGAGGUUAGAAGAAUAGCGUCGGAUUUACUGAAUAACCCAGUUCAAGUUAACAUUGGAAACACUGAUCAGCUGGUUGCAAAUAAGUCAAUUACUCAGCAUGUGGAAGUCAUCCCACAUAUGGAGAAAUCAAGACGACUUGAUCAAAUCUUGCGGUCACAAGAUCCUGGAUCAAAAAUCAUAAUAUUUUGCUCCACUAAGAGGAUGUGUGAUCAGUUGGCUAGAAACCUAUCACGGCAGUAUGGUGCUUCUGCUAUUCAUGGUGAUAAAUCACAGUCUGAGAGGGAUUCUGUGUUGAAUGACUUUCGAAGCGGCAGGUGUCCAGUACUUGUAGCCACUGAUGUGGCCGCUCGAGGCUUGGACAUAAAGGACAUCAGGGUCGUGGUUAAUUAUGAUUUCCCAACUGGUGUGGAGGACUACGUCCAUAGAAUUGGGAGGACUGGUAGGGCUGGUGCGACAGGUUCUGCCUACACAUUCUUCGGUGACCAGGAUUCGAAGUACGCUUCAGAUCUUGUCAAGAUUUUGGAGGGUGCAAACCAAUCUGUGCCACAACAAUUAAAAGAAAUGGCUCUUCGUGGAGGAUAUGGUGGAAGAUCACGUCGGUGGGCAUCUUCUGAUGACUCUUAUGGUGGUCAAGGAUAUGGUGCUAAAAGAUCAACUGAUAGCUUCAAUAACAGCAGCUUCGGCAACCAGGCUGGGGGUGGUUCAAGCUUUCACUCGAGCUUCCAUAACAGCUCCAGUGGCAAUCAGUUUGGUGAUACUACGAGCUUUCAUGGCAGCUAUGAUAACAGCAGCCGCAACAAUCAGACAGGUGACAAUGCGAGCUUUCCACCCAGCUCCAGCAACAAUCAGUCUGGGGAUGGUCUCAGUUUUCAUGAAAGGUUCUAUGGAUCACGUGGAAGGGACCAGAGCAAAACAAGCAAUGAUGGAUUCCGUGCAAGGAGCAGAAGUCCUCCUGGCAAGCCCGUGGGAGUUUCCAACUGGUGAUUGCAUCCACUAGGUGCAAUCCAAUUUUCGCGAUGGUGACGAAACCAAGUAGAACUGUAGAAGAUGGUACCCUAACAAGUUAUAUUAUUUCCUUUUCUUAUCCUGCUUAAAUCCAAGAAUUUCCUGGAACAUCACUAACUUAGGAUAUGGGUGAUGGUCUGAUCCCUAAUGGUCACCUGCUAUUUUGAUUUGACGCCUGGGAGUCGCCUGAUUCCGUACCAUAUGCCUGUGGUCGUAGGUUGUAAAGCGUUAAAACUUGACUUUGCUAAGUAUACCUAAUGCUAUGACCCAACCCUGGGUAAACAAGCGCAUUGGGAUGAAUUUUGGACAAAACCAUGGACAACUGAUAUUUUAAUGUUAUGUACAAUCUAUGUCGAAGACUGUUUGUAAA